AUGACCCCUGGCAAAGAACUGAUUCCCAACAGUAGCCUUGAAGCUUAUUUAUUUCACAUUCACACCUUAGAAAAAGUCCAUGACCCAAGCUUCAAAGAUGAAGAAUUGUCUGAGAACUUGCAGAAAACUUCUUCACUAAAUGGAGGAAUUUCAGAAUACGGGGUAUUUUGCCUUCAGGAAUACAGAAAAAACAACAAAGUGGAGUCAAGUACAAGUAACAGCUUCAUGGGCUUGAAGGAUCACCUGGGGCAUGACCUCAGCCACCUUUAUGUGGAGAGCACUGACCCACAUUUAAGUGCAGCUGUACCUUGGCCAAUGGUAGGAAAACCAGCAAUGGAUGCAGUUCAUAUCAGAAAGGAGGAAAAAGAGAUAUCUGAAGAGAAUCUGAGCUCUGGUGAUUCUGAAGAAAGCACAAAUUCUGAUCAUGAAUCAGAACAAUUGAGUAGCAUUUCAGUAGAGCCAUGCUUAUUAACCAAGACUCACAGACAAUUGUGUAGGUCUCCCUGCUUAGAGCCUCACCUACUCAAACGUAAUGAAAUUUUGCAAGACAUUAAACCUGAAGAGUCCCAGACUCCAUCCAAGGAAGUCAAGAAACCCCCUGAUGUGGUACGAGAAUACCAAACAAAGCUGGAGUUUGCACUUAAAUUAGGUUAUUCUGAAGAACAGGUUCAACUUGUGCUAAACAAACUUGGUACUGAUGCUUUAAUCAAUGACAUUUUGGGAGAACUUGUCAAACUUGGAAAUAAAAGUGAAACUGAUCAGACAGUUAGUACAGUUACCAGUGUAAUGCGGGAAACAUCUUCUCUGGAAUCUCAGAGAUCUGAAUCUCCGAUGCAAGAGAUUAUAACGGAUGAUGGUGAAAAUUUGAGACCAGUAGUCAUUGAUGGCAGCAAUGUGGCAAUGAGCCACGGAAAUAAAGAAGUAUUUUCCUGCCGAGGAAUAAAAUUGGCAGUGGAUUGGUUUUUGGAAAGAGGCCACAAAGAUAUUACAGUUUUUGUUCCUGCUUGGAGAAAAGAGCAGUCCCGGCCUGAUGCUCUUAUUACAGAUCAGGAAAUUUUACGCAAGUUAGAGAAGGAUAAAAUCCUCGUGUUCACACCAUCCCGGAGAGUUCAAGGAAGGCGAGUGGUGUGCUAUGAUGACAGGUUCAUUGUCAAGCUGGCUUUUGAGUCAGAUGGUAUAAUUGUAUCCAAUGAUAACUACAGGGAUUUGGCAAAUGAAAAACCAGAAUGGAAGAAGUUCAUAGAUGAGCGAUUAUUAAUGUAUUCAUUUGUCAAUGACAAGUUCAUGCCCCCGGAUGACCCUCUUGGCAGACAUGGCCCAAGCCUAGAUAAUUUCCUAAGGAAGAAACCUAUUGUUCCUGAACACAAAAAGCAGCCUUGUCCAUAUGGAAAGAAGUGUACCUAUGGACACAAGUGCAAAUAUUAUCAUCCUGAAAGGGGCAGUCAGCCUCAGAGGUCAGUGGCUGAUGAACUUCGUGCCAUGUCUAGAAAUACAGCAGCCAAAACUGCAAAUGAAGGAGGACUGGUAAAAAGCAACAGUGUUCCUUGUAGCACUAAAGCUGAUAGCACUUCUGAUGGCAAACGAGGUGCUCCAAAGAGGCAAUCAGAUCCGAGCAUAAGGACUCAAGUUUACCAAGACCUAGAGGAAAAGCUUCCCACCAAAAACAAAUUGGAAACCAGGUCUGUACCUUCCUUAGUUAGUAUACCGGCUACUUCUACUGCAAAACCCCAAAGCACUACAUCUUUAAGCAAUGGCCUUCCAUCUGAAGUUCAUUUCCCACCUCAGGAUCAAAGACCACAGGGACAAUAUCCUCCAAUGAUGAUGGCAACCAAAAAUCAUGGAACGCCAAUGCCUUAUGAACAGUAUCCAAAAUGUGACUCACCUGUUGACAUUGGGUAUUAUUCCAUGUUGAAUGCAUAUUCGAAUCUGAGUAUCUCAGGCCCACGAAGUCCUGAAAGGCGUUUCUCAUUAGAUACAGAUUAUAGAAUAAGUUCUGUAGCUUCUGAUUGCAGCAGUGAAGGGAGCAUGAGCUGUGGGAGUAGUGACUCCUACAUAGGUUACAAUGACCGCUCCUAUGUCAGUUCUCCUGACCCACAGCUAGAAGAAAAUUUGAAGUGUCAACACAUGCACCCUCACAGCCGCCUUAAUUCCCAGGCUUUCCUGCAGAGCUUCCACGACCCCUUGACCAGAGUGCAAAGUUAUAGUCAUGAAGAACCAAAGUUCCAUCACAAGCCUCCUCUUCCACACUUGGCUAUGCAUCUGCAGCACCCCGCUGUGGGUGCCCGGUCCAGUUGUCCUGGUGAAUACCCCUCUCCUCCAAGUUCAGCACACUCUAAGGCACCGCACCUAGGGCGAUCCUUAAUGGCCACAAGAAUAGACAGCAUUUCCGACUCUCGACUCUAUGACAGUUCCCCUUCAAGACAAAGAAAGCCUUACUCCCGCCAUGAAGGGCUGGGAAGCUGGGAUAGGCCAAGUUAUGGGGUGGAUGCAUAUGGGUAUCGGCAGACUUACUCUUUACCUGAUAACUCUACACCACCAUGUUAUGAGCAGUUUACCUUCCAAAGCCUGCCUGAACAGCAGGAGCCCACCUGGCGAAUACCAUACUGUGGAAUGCCACAAGAGCCUCCAAGGUACCAAGACAACCGAGAGAAAAUUUAUAUCAACUUGUGCAACAUCUUCCCACCUGACCUUGUGAGGAUUGUCAUGAAAAGGAAUCCUCACAUGACAGAUGCCCAGCAACUCGCUGCAGCCAUUUUGGUGGAGAAAUCACAGCUGGGUUAUUGAAAGAUGAUGCAUCUUUGUGGUGUUUAGUAGUUUUUUUGUUCAGCUCAAAUGCUGAGGGAGGUUUGCUACAAUAGCAUAUGUGAUCUCCUUCUCAGCAAGGAGGUUAUAUAGUAUCCAUUUAUGUGAAAUACUGUAUCAUGGAAUCUGUAUGUACAGCCCCACACGGUGGAAGUAUCACGGGAUUGCUUUACAUUCAAACUUUUUUUUAACAUUUCCUUUUUAAAGCUAUAUCUUUGGCUGGAAGUUUAUCCAGUUUGAUUUAAUAGAUGUAUCUGUGAUCUUUGAUAUUAAUCUUUGGUGCAUCAGGGGUUUAUAUGCAGCACUUUUUAUUCUUGUUUCAUGUUUUAUUAACUUGAUGUUUGUCUUUCAAUUGCAAGCAAUUACAAUACCUUCAGAAUGUGGAACCUUUGACCGGACCCAGCAAAAUAUUUUUUCAUUCAAGCUUAAUUAGAAUCUUUUACAGCUUUUUAAGUUAUUUUUGUUUGGGGAAAGUGGGCUUCUUUGUCCUAUAAUCCUUAUUUAUAGAAAAAAAAUAUACUACAGCACUGACUUUAUAUUUUAAACAAAAUCUACGUUACCAAUUUAUGUUGAAAUGGGUAACAUAUAUGUUAGAAUGAUUUACAAUAUGGCACUUUUAUUGUUUUAUUUUUGUUUGGAUUUUUUCCUGAUAAGAAAUUAGUUAAUUUAAUGGUCAAUUUAAAAGGAAGCAGAUGCAAUCAAUGGAAAAAAAAUUGUUUCCAUUUUUUUUUUUUAAUGAAUAAGGCAAAAGAGCUUUGUUAUCCAGCUCGGAUGUGCUUCUACAUAAAUGGAAUUGAAUUCCUAGAUUCUCGUUAAUCUGUAUUUUUAAUGUCUGUUUUUUGUUUGGGGGCACAACAAUACUGGAUAAAUAACCCUUUCACAGUACUUGCCUGUUUUUAAUGAAUCUAAUUAUUCUCAAUGCAAUUUUAUAUUUAAUAUACUCUAGCUUUCCUGCUAUUUAUCAAGGCUGGCCUGAGAUGGUUUUAUGUGUUGAGGAUAUGCAACAUUUAUUGAUACUGCACUAUAGAAAUAGUGAUGGAGGAGUUGUAAAUGGUAACUUAAAAUUUUUGUAAGAUAUUGUAUAUUUUCCAUUUUCCUGAAGGUAGUUUUUUGGGGGCCUGUUAUAUUAUUAAGGCCAGACUCUUGCCACAAAUAGUGUAGUUUUAGAUACAGACUACUGUCUGUUCUAGUAUUAGUAAGGGAUAUUUCUGGUUUCAAACUCUUGGGUUUUGCUUAUUGCAAUUACACUUCUGCAGAUUAUAAAAUGGAUUUUGCAGUUAGUGGCAGACAGUUGUGUGACUGAUGUAACUUGACUAUUUCUCCAGACUGAAUUUUACAUAGUGUAAUACACACAUUCAGAUCUGUUUUUGUAGUCUGCUUGGAUGUUCUAGUCAUUUGGGUUAUUCUGCAUGCUACAGUUUGAAGUAAAGCCCUGAAAAACCAGAAAGUACCUUUUACUGUUGAUACAAAUUGUAUCUUUUUAACUAUAAGAACUAUUUUGAUUUGUAGAUCUAGUUAAAAACACAAAUGUGUAACUACGAUUAGACUUUUGGGCAACAUUUUAUCCCUUAUUUAAAU